UCAGUCUAACGUUAAACGUAAUAGACUGUGGCUACGAUACAGUCGACUCAAGUAAGCGUUUAUCAUUGCAGAGAUUAUCGACGCUAUCAUUGUACAUCUCUGGCCUAGCAGAAAACUUUGUGGACAUGUCGCGAUAAGUUUAAGAUGCCGCAAAAGUUUUGUGUGAAAGUCAUUUACGUGUUGAAUAAAUGAGAGAUUGUGUGAUGUGUAAUGCGGUGGCCGAACUAUAGAUUAUUAUGUGUCUAGUGACAAUAUUCAGACUUUCAGAAAUAAAGUGUAGUUGUACGCACCGUUUUGCCCGACUAUGAUGUUUCAGACAGACAAGAAAGCAGGUGACUGAGUUACAUGGCUCAGCCCGUGAGCAGCCCCAACCAUGUCCUAUACUGAGCUCGAACAUGGUUACCAGGGGCUGAGAAAUUCAAGGAACCCUCUUUACUGCGAAGAACCAGAAGGUGCUGGUGGUGGUGGUGCUGGUGGUGGGGUUGGUGUUGGCGUUGGUGUUAGUGCUGGUGGUGGAGUUAGAGCUGUGAAAACGUGGGGCAAUUUGACAGAAUACAGAGAAGAUGGUGGUGGAGACACUAAACAAGUUGUUGUUGGUGUAUGUGCCAUGGCAAAGAAAUCACAGUCAAAACCGAUGAAAGAAAUCCUGACAAGACUUGAAGAAUUUGAAUUUAUUAAAAUUGUGAUAAUACCUGAAGAAAUUAUUCUAAAAACAUCUGUGGAACUUUGGCCAAAGUGUGACUGUCUUAUUUCCUUUCAUUCGAAGGGUUUUCCAUUGGAUAAGGCUAUUCAGUAUGCUAAUUUAGUAAAACCCUUUAUAAUUAAUAAUCUGCAUAUGCAAUAUGAUAUACAGAUGUCCAUACGAUUGUCUCCUGCACGGAAGAUGGAAUUCUGGUCAACGGACAACCACACCAACGAUGACGUCAUGGCUACUGUCAAAUGGGAUGGUCCUUUCCAGGAUCGGAGAAAGGUAUAUUCCAUUUUAGAAAAGGAAGGAAUUGAAAUACCACGUUAUGCUGUCCUGGAUAGAGAUUCCCCUGAUCCAAAACAUCAUGAACUUGUGGAAUCUGAAGACCAUGUUGAAGUUAAUGGGAUCAUCUUCAAUAAACCAUUUGUUGAAAAGCCAGUUUCUGCUGAGGAUCAUAAUAUUUAUAUAUAUUAUCCAACUUCAGCAGGGGGAGGAAGUCAAAGACUGUUCAGAAAGAUUGGAAGCAGAAGCAGUGUAUACUCAGCAGAAUCAAGAGUCCGCAAGACAGGUUCAUACAUUUAUGAAGACUUUAUGCCAACUGAUGGCACUGAUGUGAAGGUGUAUACUGUUGGCCCUGACUAUGCCCAUGCAGAAGCACGUAAAUCCCCAGCUUUGGAUGGCAAAGUUGAACGUGACAGUGAAGGAAAGGAAAUUAGAUAUCCUGUGAUAUUAAGCAAUGCAGAGAAGCUGAUAUCAAGAAAAGUUUGUUUGGCAUUCAAACAGACUGUGUGUGGAUUUGAUUUGCUGAGAGCCAAUGGAAAAUCUUUUGUUUGUGAUGUGAAUGGAUUUAGUUUUGUCAAAAAUUCUAACAAGUAUUAUGAUGACUGCGCCAAAAUAUUGGGCAAUAUGAUUCUUCGUAAGCUUGCCCCAACACUGCAUAUACCUUGGUCUAUACCAUUCCAACUUGAUGAUCCACCAAUUGUGCCAACAACUUUUGGAAAAAUGAUGGAGCUGAGAUGUGUUGUUGCUAUUAUUAGACAUGGAGAUCGGACUCCAAAACAGAAAAUGAAGGUUGAAGUUCGACAUCCAAAGUUUUUUGAGAUAUUUGAAAAGUACGAUGGUUAUAAAGAUGGCCAUGUUAAAUUGAAACGCCCAAAACAGCUGCAGGAAAUACUGGACAUUGCUCGAUCUCUUCUGAGUGAGAUUGAGCUAAGAGAAGCAGAUCCAGAAAUUGAAGAGAAACAAGGAAAAUUAGAACAACUGAAGAGUGUUUUGGAGAUGUAUGGGCACUUCUCAGGGAUUAAUCGAAAAGUGCAGAUGAAAUACCAACCAAAAGGGAGACCACGAGGCUCAAGCUCUGAUGAUGAUGUGCCCAAAGAGCCAUCCCUUGUCCUAAUUCUAAAAUGGGGUGGUGAAUUGACACCGGCUGGUAGAAUACAAGCCGAAGAGCUGGGAAGGAUCUUCCGCUGCAUGUAUCCAGGAGGACAAGGUAGACAUCUGAGUGGUGAAUAUGCUGGAACACAAGGCCUUGGAUUACUGCGCCUGCAUUCAACUUUCCGUCAUGAUCUUAAAAUAUAUGCAUCAGAUGAAGGACGGGUGCAAAUGACAGCAGCUGCAUUUGCUAAAGGCUUAUUGGCACUUGAAGGAGAACUCACACCUAUCUUGGUCCAAAUGGUGAAAAGCGCAAAUACGAACGGUUUAUUAGACAACGAUUGUGAAUCAAGCAAAUACCAAAAUAUGGCCAAAGCUCGUCUCCAUGAACUUAUGCAAAAGGAUGCUGACUUCACAAAAGAGGACCGUGAGAAGAUUAAUCCGUGCAAUGCAAUAAGUAUUAAUACUGCAUUGGACUUUGUGAAGAACCCUGUUAAGUGCUGUGAGCAUGUCCAUCAACUGAUUCAAAAACUGAUGAAUAUUGUAAGGAUUAAAAAAGAUGAUGUGAAAACUAAAGAUGCUGUCCUUUACCAUGGUGAAACAUGGGAAUUGAUGGGUCGUCGCUGGGGAAAAAUAGAAAAAGAUUUUUGUACAAAAAAUAAAACUUUUGACAUAUCUAAAAUACCUGAUAUUUAUGACUGUAUAAAGUAUGAUCUGCAACACAAUCAACAUACGCUGCAGUUUGAGCAGGCUGAAGAACUUUAUAUAUAUGCAAAGUAUUUAGCAGACAUUGUAAUACCACAGGAAUACGGCUUAACAGUCCAAGAAAAACUUACCAUAAGUCAAGGCAUAUGUACACCACUCCUCAAAAAAAUUCGUGCAGAUCUGCAAAGGAAUAUUGAGGAAUCUGGCGAAGAAACUGUCAAUCGUUUAAAUCCGAGAUACUCCCAUGGUGUUUCAAGCCCUGGUCGCCAUGUUAGAACGAGGCUGUAUUUUACCAGUGAGAGCCAUGUACAUUCACUUUUAACCGUUCUGAGAUAUGGUGGUUUACUUGAUGUUGAAAAAGAUGAACAAUGGCGCCGGGCAAUGGAGUAUGUUAGCAUGGUCUCGGAACUGAAUUAUAUGUCCCAAAUUGUAGUUAUGCUGUAUGAAGAUCCAACUAAAGAUCCCUCUUCAGAAGAAAGGUUCCAUGUGGAAUUACAUUUCAGUCCUGGUGUCAAUUGUUGUGUUCAGAAAAACUUGCCUCCAGGCCCAGGGUUCAGGCCACACAGCAGAAAUGAGACUGGGAGCACACCUUCAGUGACAGAUGAAAUGCCUUCUGCUGGAAAUGGUACUCCAGGAACACCUGGAAGUCCUUCCCAAAGCAGCUCAGUUGAAGAAACUGCAAUCCAGGUGCCAGAGUAUGAAGCACAGCCAGACAUUUCAUCUGCACAUAGUCCACCAUCAGAAAAGGCUGAUGAAGAAGAAGAGAAUUACAACUCAAAAGCUACUUCAUCUCAGCCGAUACCUAUAAGGUCACCAUUGGCAAAAGGAAUCAGCAGUACUGAGGCUUCAGAGUUGGCGUUACGUCUGGCAUGUGAAGUUUAUGGCCAACAGAGCAACAGGAGCUCAUCAUAUGGGGGUGAUGAACCACCGAGUCCUGAUGGUGAAUUCCGCUCAAAGAGCUAUGAAAAUAGGAGGAGAGAGAGAAGUGCAGAUCGUAUUGCAUCAUGGCGGCACAACGCACAGAAAGAGACCUGUUAUCUUAGGAUGCUGGGAUUCCCUGUUGAAGGUUCUGGAUUUAAACUGCAGAGGAAAGUGGGUGCUUCUACAAGGAGUCUUUUCAGCACUGCAGUCAUUAGUGGGUCAUCUAGUGCUCCCAAUUUACGAGUUUCAACAGUUUCUAAUGUUUCUGCAAUUGAAGGGUGUGGUGGAGUGCCCCCCAUACGGCCUCUAGAGACUUUACACAAUGCUCUGUCACUGAAACAACUGGAUUGUUUCCUAGAGACUGUUACAUCUGCACCUCUGUUUCGCUCACCGUCAUCUUCGCCUCCAAAUUUUCCAUCUACACCACAUUCGUCACUGGUUCUUCAUCACUUGCCAUUGCAGUCUCCAAGCAGUAGUUUACAGUGGAGUGGUCCACCUUCAUUUGUAUCCAGCAGUGGAGCUUCCUCACCAAAUGGAGCUGAGUUUUCCAUGCGAGAUGCAAUGACUGUGGAAAACCGUGAUAGACCUGAAAAUGUAAUUACUACUAAAGGAUAUGACUUCACUGCUGCAAUGGCACAAAUUUUUCCAACAGUAUUUGAUCAAGAUUUGUGUGAUAUAAAUAUAUCAGACCAUGGAAAUCCAGAUACCUCCAGAGCCAUAAUGAGGGACACUUUUAAUGUGAGUGGAAUUUACAGUUGCCGAAAUAUGGGGUCCUUCAGUGGGAGUGAAUGCCUGUCUGGCCUCGAUAGUCGAGAUGGUGCUGACAGUGGUGAAGUAACUCCUGUUUCUGUCUCUGCAAGUUCUGAAUUUGAAUUUGAUGGGUACUUCUCUAAUAUUGAAUUAGAUACUUCAGAUUCUACUGUAAUAGAGAAUGUACCCAGCACUGUAAGACAAGAUAGUGCACAAGAAACUCAGGAAAAUGCUGUAGUGAGUUUCUCUGCAAAGUCAGUAGUAGAUUCACUCGGAACCUUUACUAUUAAGGACACUAUUGCGAGCAAGAAGGAUAGAAGUAUAGGACUUGAUGGGGCCAAGUUUUUAUCUUGGCUUGAAACCACUGAUGUUUCAGAAGCUCGUGAGAGGCAGGGACCUGAGGAGUAUACAUCGGAUGCUGAAAAUAUGGUAGAUGCUGAAAUUGAUGUUACAGAUGAAGAAGACAAGACAAUAACAUCAUCUAUGACCUCCACCUCACCUGCAAGGAAAACUAUCUUUCAGGUGUUUGGUGACAAUGCACUACGAGCUUCAUGUAAUCCGGCAGAAUCAGAUGCUAUGGCGGGGGGAGAGCCUGUGCCAGAACAUAACACUGAGAAAAAAUCUCCAUUUUCCAUAAACUCCAGACUGUAUGUUUGGCCUAGUGAUUGUGGUGACAGUUCUAGAUCCCAGUCAGAUAAUAACAUUCAUGUGUGGGACUCUUCUUUAGCCAUUGAGGUACCAAGUGAGAAAAUAAAGUCAGAGCCAGCUUUAUCCGAGGCUGUUGUGGAGCAAGCAGCUGCAAACUGUGAACAGUUGCAUUCACUUCCUGAUAGUUUAGAUGUAAGUGAAAAACAAGAUGUUGUUUAGAUGACACAGUUUUCAUUAGAUAUGCAAAGAAUAUGAGUGAGAUAUUCACUUUGUGAAACCUAACUGAUAAUACAUGAAUUAAACUCUUAUGCUUCCAUGAAUUUAAGCAGGAAGUAUACAUAAUGUGUGAUGGUAAAAGUAAUAAAAAAUCAAAAUACAGUUCUUGAGACCUGACAGGAUGAAGUUUUCUUAGUUUUCUUAGUGCCUUCAAUGCAUUCAGGUCUGCCAUUGGCUGGAAUGAUACUGGCAAUUCUUGCUCAUUUCAUUGAUGAUAUGUAAAUAGUGCAAUAAUAUAUACAAGUACAGUGUGUUUGCAAGCUGAUGUUCAUUUUUUUUAGGCUCCUCUUUUGAUUCAGUGUUCUGUCAUUAAUAGAAAUUGUAAUUAUAGUGAUUAGCUCUAUUUUAUAACAUGGAACUGAAAGUAAAGAACAUUGUGUUAUUAACAAGAGAUAGUUCAGCUAGAAUUAUUAGAAGUAAAAUGUUUCUACAAAUUUUGUCUGUGGCACCAUUGACAGACUGACGAUUCAUGUAGUUGCUUUAUUUUUAUGUGAGCUCCAGGAGUGUAUGGUGAAAAAUGUUUCACAAUUAUUUUGAAUAAUUACCUAUGUGAGAUGGAUAACCAGCAUCUCAUUUGUAAAGGUCUCAUAGAGGGGGACAGUGGGAGAUAAUGUUUGUUAAAUAGCUACUGAAUUCUCCCAAAGUAAAAGAGCAAUCCAUGAAAGGUGGUUUUUAGAGCCACUUCUUUCUCCCUCUUCUCUCCCUCCUCCCUCUUCCCUUUGCUCCCAUUCAGUCUCCUUUGAGCACAGUGACAACUGUGUUCAACACAUAACAUUCAUUUUGGAUAGGAAUAGGGUUCAACUCCUUGCCUGGCCAUCCUGAAUUAGGUUUCUUGUCAUUUCCCUAAAUCGAUUAACAUGAAUGUUGGUACGGUUUCUUUCAAAACAUAUGGUCAACAUCCUUGCUCCAUCUCUGAUGACAUCCUCUAUCACAUGACUCAUUGAUUUCUUGUUUUAUACUUUAUUACUGACAUCAAAUGCAAUACUAUUUGACUGCAUUUGUCAGUAUACUGUAUAUCAUACUAUUGCAUAUACACUGUGCACAACAGUUCCAAACAGUUAUGUUAUACUCAUUUCCACUACUUUAUUUGUUGAAUCAAUGGUGCAUCUCUAAAUAUGGUUUAGUUCUCGUGAGGAAAUUUCUGUUAAUUGAUUCAAGUAUGCAACUUGGGGCCUCCCUCCAUAUCAUAUACCAUAAUUUUAAAGAUUAUUCCUCAAAGUUUAAACAUCUGUCCUCUUUUGUUUUACCAGAUAUAAGUCACCAACCAUUUAAUUUGUACAUGAACCUGAAUGAAUUUUUCUUGCUUAUGCUACUAAUACAAUGCAAGUGUUUUAAAAAAAUUAUUAGUCUUUGCUUUAAUACAAUGCAAGUGAAUCUUCCAUUCUGUCCUCUUCCCUCACACUUCAAUUCUUCUCCCAUUUCACUUGCUCUCCUUCUUUCUGCUCUAUCUUUCUCUGGCAUUUCAUCCUCCUUCCAUGUUCUUCUUUCUUCCUCUCACCCUAAUGUCACUUUACCCCCCCUCCCCCUCCUCUCUCUCUCUUACUGAAAGAAAUCUCCAUUCAGAGGUUUGCUAAUUUUAAGUAUUUAUGAUUUAUGUAAGGCUGUUUUUUUUUUUGGGGGGGGGGGGGGGGGGGGAAGCCUUGUAUGUAUUAUGCUACCUGCCAAAGUGUAAAUGCUUUGUUCUUUGUGAUUAUUUUAUCUAAUGCUCACAGAAUCGUUGUAAUAUUAUGGGAGGGAGAGGGAUAGAGAGAGCAAUUUUGAUACAAUCUGGUUAAGUAAGCAGAUGAGGAUUAUAUAUAUAAUUGUUGUAUGGAACAUAUAUGUGAUAAAAGUGCUGUGUGUGUAUCUGACAUAUAAUUUUUGUGGAUAAACACUCUCAGUUAGUAGAAGGAAAGAGAGUGACAAAAACAUUUGACUGUGUGUAUGUAAUCAAGUGAGUAUUAAGACAGAUAUUGAAGGCUUGACUUUGAUUUUUCUGUGUGAAUAAAAUUUCAGUGAAAUUUAAUGGAGAGAUUAUUAUAUUAGCAAGCUGUGAAACAACUCACUUGGGUGUCAUGAACAUGUUUGUUCUUAAAAGUGGGACAAUUUUUAUGAUGCAAAGAUUAAGAUUAUAAUUAUGAAUCUUCUAUGGAAAAUAUUGGUGAUAAAAGGGCUGUGGUAUGUAUAAUUUUCACAGAGAGGUGCUAUGAGCUAGUAGAAGGAAGGACUCGUGAACAGAAAAAAAAAAAGAUGGUAUUUAAUGGCUUCAGUGAAAUGUAGUAAAUAGUGCAGUGAUGCAGAGUUGUUAUUUAAUGGUGGGAGUUAGACAACUAGUUUUAACUUUCCCGUACUAUGUGACAGUUUCCUCUGAAAUGUAAAUAAUAUAUUAUUGUUACUGUUGUUUGUUCAAGAUAUUUGAAUAAAGCAUACAGACAGCAUUA